GACAGCUUGGUUAGUAUCAGCUUGGCGCCCGUAGCGACGAGAUGGCUUCUAUGGAACGGAAUCUUCUGCUGCUGUCACUGGUGCUCAGCGCAUUAUCCGGCUUGGUCCAACGAUCAGAACCGGUUAGACUGCAUCGUAAAUCGCGCUCUUCUCUUCCAGACGCGGCGCAGAUCAGCUUUGGCAGCUGUACGCCCCAGCAGAGCGAUGAGCGCGGCCAGUGCGUCCACAUAACCAGCUGCCCCUACCUGGCCAACCUGCUGAUGGUGGAGCCAAAGACUCCCGCCCAGCGAGUCCUUCUCUCCAAGAGCCAGUGUGGCUUGGACAACAGGGUUGAGGGUUUGGUGAAUCGAAUCCUGGUCUGCUGUCCGCAGAGCAAGCGGGGCAAUAUCGUGGACUCGGAACCAACUCCUCCGACGGGGGAUGCACUGCAGCAGGGCAAUGUGCUGCCUGGAAACGACGUCUGCGGAUUCCUUUUCGCUGAUCGCAUUUUCGGGGGCACCAAUACUACCCUCUGGGAAUUCCCAUGGAUGGUAUUGCUGCAGUACAAAAAACUUUUUUCUGAAACCUACACUUUCAACUGCGGCGGUGCGUUGCUCAACUCACGCUACGUCCUGACCGCCGGACACUGCCUAGCCAGCCGAGUUCUGGACAAAUCCGGCGCCGUCCUGCACAGCGUUCGCCUGGGGGAGUGGGACACUCGUACCGAUCCUGACUGCACCACCCAGAUGAACGGACAGCGCAUAUGUGCGCCAAAACACAUCGACAUCGAGGUGGAGAAGGGCAUCAUCCACGAGAUGUAUGCCCCCAAUUCCGUGGACCAACGUAAUGACAUUGCGUUGGUGCGCCUUAAGAGCAGUGUUAGCUACACCGACUACGUGCGUCCAAUAUGCCUGCCCACGGAUGGCUUAGUCCAGAACAACUUCGUGGACUACGGCAUGGAUGUGGCCGGCUGGGGACUUACCGAGAACAUGCAGCCAAGUGCGAUCAAGCUGAAGAUCACCGUCAACGUUUGGAACCUAACGAGUUGUCAGGAAAAGUACUCCAGCUUCAAGGUGAAACUGGACGAUUCUCAGAUGUGUGCCGGCGGCCAGUUGGGCGUGGAUACAUGUGGUGGCGAUUCCGGCGGUCCCCUGAUGGUGCCCAUAUCAACAGGCGGCCGGGAUGUCUUCUACAUCGCUGGGGUCACCUCCUACGGCACGAAGCCCUGCGGCCUCAAGGGAUGGCCCGGCGUCUAUACCCGGACGGGGGCAUUUAUCGAUUGGAUAAAGGAGAAAUUGGAGCCAUAAUAAAUACAUACUUAAAUACA